AUGCUGCUCGAAUGUGAUUCUGGUUUACUAUGUAUUGACUGGAGAGAUGUUUGCGAUGGCAUUCAACAGUGUAUGUCAGGAUUUGAUGAAGAGAAUUGUGAUAUAUUGGAAUUUAAUGAAUGUGAACAAGAUGAAUAUCGAUGCAUGAAUGGAAUGUGUAUUCCAGACGAGUACUUUCUUGAUGGUGACUUCGAUUGUUUGGAUUGGAGUGAUGAAAUACAAUAUUAUGAUGAUCUAAAUUGUGGGUUUGAAGAAGCUAGUUCACAAUGUGAUGAUCGAAUAUGUCCACCGAAUCGAUGGUCAUCUGGUGAUGUGCAGUGCAUUGCUGAUCGAUUCAAUUUUCAGAAUAACUGA